GGCAUGGCAUGGCAUGGUAGUAGGUGGGUUCGGGCUUUCAAGCAUGGCUUCCACACUUUUCCUCUAGCUACUAGCUCCUCCCGCGCGCGACGGUCAUGGCCACCGAGCUACUGUCGCCGCUCAUCCCGCACCAGCAGCGUCGACGCGCUCUCGCCGUCGUCGUGGCCGCGCCCCUGCACGCGCUCCUCCUGGCCGCUGUCGCCUUCUCCCGCUCACCGGUGGCGGCACCGGCCAGCUCAUCGAGGCUCGUUGACUUGACACUCCUCGCCGGCGCUCGGGGGAAGGGAGCGGUGUGCUUGGAUGGGACCCCGCCUGGUUACCACCUUCGGAGAGGAUUCGGUUCCGGAGCUCACAACUGGCUCGUCUUCCUUGAGGGAGGAGGUUGGUGCAACACCACGCAGAGCUGCUCCGAGCGCAAAAUGACCAACUUCGGUUCAUCUAAGUAUAUGGGAGCAGUAAACUUCACUGGGAUACUCAGCAAUGAUCACACAGAAAAUCCUGAUUUCUACAACUGGAAUACAGUUGUCAUAAGGUACUGCGACGGAGCAUCAUUUGCUGGGGAUGCAGAGGGGGGAGAUCUGGAUGGAACCAAACUUUUCUUCAGAGGAUUACGUAUCUGGAAAGCAGUUGUAGAUGAACUCAUGGGAAAAGGAAUGGACGCUGCUAAACAGGCCUUGCUUACAGGCUGUUCUGCUGGUUCUCUAGCUGCGCUACUGCACUGUGAUAAUUUCCAUGGACGGUUUCCUCAUGAAGUUUCAGUUAAAUGCCUUUCUGAUGCUGGAUUUUUUAUUGACGAGAAGGAUUUAUCUGGAGAAAGAUCCAUGCGGUCGCUCAUCAGUGGAGUAGUUCACCUUCAGAAUGUUAAAGAAGUUUUACCCAAUGACUGCCUCCAAAAGAAGGAUCCAACAGAGUGUUUCUUUCCUGCUGAACUGAUUAAGGGCAUCACCACCCCCACGUUUAUUCUGAACUCCGAUUACGAUUCUUGGCAGAUACGAAACAUUCUCGCACCAAAUGGAUCCUAUCCUGGCCAGGAAUGGUCUAGUUGCAAAGCAGAUAUCCGGAACUGCAGUUGCGCACAACUUGAUGUACUGCAUGGAUUCAAGAAGAAAUUAGUCAGUGAAUUGAAGGUUGCCGAAGAUAACAAGGACUGGGGCCUGUUCAUUGAUUCAUGCUUUACCCACUGUCAAACACCAUUCGAUAUCACAUGGAAUUCACCGAUCUCACCAAGGCUCGGCAACAAGCAGUCUAUCUCAGAGGCCGUUGGGGAUUGGUAUUUCGAUAGAAGGCAAAACGCGAAACAGAUUGACUGCGAGUACCCAUGCAACCCCACAUGCAGCAGUCUUCUGCCUACUGCUUGAUUCGCAAAGGGCUGCACUGAGAUCACCAGGCUUUUCUCAUUUUUCAAAUUAGUUUUGCUGAGGAUUCAAAAGGGAGCUUUGCCUUAUUGGUAAAACCUGCAAUUGACUAAACACGACUUGCAGUAGUUGUGCUUCCAUCAAAAGCAAUAUGUCAGAACCGUUAAGCACCAAACUUUCAGGAA